AUGCGGGACGUGGUACAGGAGUCGACAUUCUCUCUCUGUUUCUGCUGCCUGACAAACGAGAUUGAUCCAUCAAGCGCUCAGUGGCAGUCUUCCCCCUCAGUAGCCAGCUAUGUCCGCUGUGGGCCGGAAAGUGAUUUUGACCAUAUCGUGAAUGUCUCUUUGCUGUCCGCCAACGAAACUGUGCCAACUUCGAUUCAAAGUAUUUCCAAACAGGGAAACUUUUCACAAGAAAUACUCAACGUGCGACAGGUGUCUUCGGGGUGUAACUCAUCUUUCGCCAAUAUAACCACAGAGAGUAAUUUUUCGACUUUGUCACCAACGGUUCACAGUUUGGAAUGGUCACCGUUUGAAAACGCAACGGUCACCAGCGGUGAUAAUCAGCGGGAUAAGGAAAAAAGUUUUGAAGUCACUUCUCAGAGAGGUUUCUUAGGUGAAAGUGUAUUCACAACUGGUGGUACAACGCCGCCUUUCACAGUGGAGGCGAAUAGUUCAUUAAUGAAGGUGUACAUCGGGGGUCUAUUUGACCUUAGUGAGGCCUCGCCGGGGUCUGGGGGUCGCAGUGGUCGAGCGGAACUGGACAGUGCCUUGAUGGCCAUAGACCAUGUGAAUAACCAACAAUUCAUACCCAAUGUUACCUUGGAGUUAUUACAUAACAGUACGAUGUGUGAUCCCGGAGUUGGUGUGGAUGCCUUCUUUGAUAUCGUAUACCGGAAGCCACCCAUUGUCAUGGUGAUUGGUGGGUCAUGUUCCCCAGUUACCGAAGUUUUAGCUGAAAUUGUCCCAUUUUUUAAUCUCGUCAUGAUUUCACAUUCGUCUCGAUCUUCGGCUUUGAGUGACCGGAAAAAGUAUCCGACGUUUUUCCGGUUAGCUCAGGCCGAUUCCUCUUUCAACCCCGCCAGACGUAUGUUUAUACAGCAUUUUGGCUGGAACACAGUCGCCGUCAUACACCAAGACAGCGAAGAGUUCUCAUUGGCCAUCAAUGAAAUGAUCAAAGAUUUCGAGAGGCACAACAUAACGGUGAAAGUUUCAGAGUCGUGUAAAGCCACUCCAGAGGAUAUUGCAGAAAAACUUCAGCGUCUCGAGGCUGUCGACGCCAGAGUCAUCAUCGGAGCUUUUGAUAAAAACACAACCACCACAUUAUUUUGCCAGGUUUACAAGAGCGGUCUGUAUGGAGGGAGAUAUGUAUGGCUCAUGGUGAACCAUUACGGCAAUGCUUGGUGGACAGACUGGAACACCACGGACUGUCUGUUGGAGGAACUCGCCCGCUCAGUCGAGGGACACUUCGAGAUCGCUGGCCUGGACCGACUGCUUGGAGAGGAAGCCUCCAUAUCAGGUCUGACAACUGCGGAGUUCCAGCGUAAGUUCUCUUCAUAUAGCAGAGGCACGGGCAGGCAAAAGGACGUGAGGAAUUCGUACGAUACUGUCUGGACGGUGGCACAGGUGCUCCGAGCCUUCCUCAGACGGAACCCCGCAUCACUAGUUCAGACAUUCGAUUAUGACAGCGCUGCUAAUAUCUCCACGGAAUUCCACCAGAUCGUGUCAUCCAUAGAUUUCCUCGGUGUAUCGGGCCCUGUGUCGUUUGAUGGACCAGAUCGACAAGCUGUAUCACUAGUAGAGCAGCAUCAAGGUGGCGUGAUAAAAAAGGUGGCUAUUUAUUCUCCCGGCAACAACACGUUAAGCUACGAGUGCCCAGAAUGCGUGCUUGUUGUGUGGCCAGGUGGGACGAUUCCACCCGAUAAGUACACGCUAGUGGUUCGUCUGCGAACAAUAGAGGCCGGGGUAUUCAUUGGCGUUGCCAUUAUGUGUAUAUGUGGCAUUGUGACUGGUUUUCUCUUCCUAUGUUUCAACAUCUACUACAGGAAUUUAAAAUAUAUAAAGUUAUCUAGCCCUAACCUGAACAACGUUGCCGUUGCUGGAUGUAUUCUGGUGUACACAGCCGUGAUUCUGCUGGGUCUCGACGAUAGCCGGCUUCGUGCGGAACUCUAUCCGCUCGUCUGUACUGUUAGAGCUUUCACAUUUGCAGCAGGGUUUUCCUUAGCAUUCGGCGCCAUGUUCACUAAAACCUACCGGGUUCAUCAAAUCAUCCUUCGUGCUAACAGUGCCUUGAUCAAAAGUAAACUUUUAAAAGAUAAACAGUUGUUGUUUAUUGUCGGUGGUCUUCUUAUUGGGGAUUCCCUGCUGACGUCACUCUGGGCUAUUGUGGACCCGAUGAACCGUCAAAUCAGAAAUCUUACAAUGGAGCCUUCAGACACAGAAGAAGACAUCUUAUACGUUCCUCAAGUAUCACGCUGCCAUUCUCAUCACGGUGAGAAAUGGUUAGCGGCCCUUUACGUUUACAAGGGAAUUUUGCUCAUAGGGGGAGCUUAUAUGGCAUGGGAGACCCGGAAAGUGAAGAUCCCGGUGCUGAAUGACUCUCAGUAUAUCGGCAUGAACGUUUAUAACGUGGUGCUGAUGAGUAUUAUAGUGGUAGUUUUAUCAUACAUGUUACCGGACCAGCCAUCUCUCGCCUUCCUGACCGAAUCUACAUUCAUCUUUUUAUCAACCACUCUGACCAUCUGUCUUCUUUUUAUUCCCAAGGUUUAUGCAAUAAUGCGGUCACAGGGUAUGCCGGCGGUGACGACGGCCGGUUUGACAGUCCAGGAGAACACGAGGCGCUUUGUCCUGGAUGAGAAGAAAGAAUUAUAUUAUAGGGCUGAGGUGCAAAACAGGGUGUACAAACGUCAGCUCUUAGAGCUGGACCAAGAGUUGGCUCGAUUAAAAAGAUUAUUACACCUAAUAGAGCAGAAAGGGGAAUUCACGCCAGAACUGCUGGAUAUGGCGUCACAGACUGAGAUACCACCUGUUAAUCCGGCGCCGGGUAUGAAAGUGACGCUGUCCAUGUAUGACAUCAUGGAAGAAAGUGAUGUCAGUGUUCGUGAGCUGAGUAUGGAUGAGCUUAGACUAUAUGAAUGUAAAGAUACAAGCGAAUGUGAGUUGUCCUCUCCAGAUUUAAGAAUCGGCAGGCGAUGUUCACAGAUACAGGAGUGUUCCGAAGGCUAGACCAAUCCUAAACAACACCAGCGUGCAGGCAUGCACACCACAGACUUUUGUCGAAAGUGUACAGCCUCACAA